AUGCUCUACAAUGCUCUAAUUCGCACGCACCAUAUCACUUCUCGCAAAAAGGUGGCUGCCUUGAAGCGCGCGGCCGACUUACACCAAUGUUAUGUGCUCCUCCGCUCCGGUGGCUGCCCAGGCAUCAUGUACGUCGAGGGCCGGGACCAGGCUCAAGUCGAGUCAUGGGUCGGGGAAGUUCGCAAGCUGCGCUAUAAGGAUUUCCAGUUGGUGAAUAGACCAGGUCCUCUGGCGCAUGAGGCAACAGAUCAGCCCGCGGAAGAUGACGACGCAGGAUUGUCAGAGGUUGAGAGUGUAAAAGAGUUUGGGAAUUGCAUGGAGAAGAAAGGCGUAUGGAUGUGGUGGAGGAAGGGCAUGGGGUAUGCCUAA